AUGACCCAGUAUUGUGAGGUAUGCCCGGAUAUCGAGGAAUCCAUAUGCCAUGUCUUACUUCACUAUCCCAGGGCUGUACAAAUUUGGAGUAGUUCAUCUGCGCCUUUACCCUCAAGGUGGGAGUCAGUGAAGGACUUAUUACUGUUUUUGAGGGAUUCCUCUCGGAGGCCUAGCACAACCGAGCUGGGAGUAGUGGUGGCCUAUCUAGCUUAUCAUAUAUGGCUGGAUAGGGAUAAUUGCCUAUUCGAGAGGAGAGGGUCGCUCCCUAGGCUUGUGAUGGACAGAGCUGUGCCCCAGGCUAUGGAGGUCUCUUUGUUGGCACCAUCGACUUCAUUUGGGUUGGCCAGAGAUAUCUGGGGUACUUAUGCUGCUGUUGUAGCGCCCAAGUAUGCUUCUCUUUCUUGGGUACUCCCACCCCCUGGUUAUCUUAAGGUGAAUUUUGAUGGUGGUAUGGCGAUGGAUAGCGCAUCCGGUAGAGUGGGCUUUGUUAUUAGGGAUCAUGAUGGUAGACUGAUUGCAGCUGGUGGACGGAGCACACCAGGUUUGACUGCUGUAGGGGCGGAGCUACGAGCAGCCUGGGAGGGUAUCUUGUAUGUGAGACAUGGGCUGGGUGUCGACAAGUUGUGUAUUGAAAGAGACUCUGCCACGGUGACUGAUUGGAUAUAG